AGUGUUGGGUGGUACUCCGAUCUGGCCCCGCUGGCUGCUCUCAAACCUUCCCAUUUGACGGAUGAUCAGAUCCGAAAAGGGCCGUCAAAAUAUCCGAGUAGGUUUGAUACCAACACUGCGUUUACAGUAAUCCUGGGAUUUUCGUCCAUUCGAAGCAGCUCCAUGGUGACCCGAUACUGAUUUUACAGAGGAGGUUAUUCAGAGGUUCAGCCAGAGAGGACUCUUGCUGUACGAGCAGGGCUGAAAGAUGUGCAAUGGAAUAGCGUGUGAGACGAGAGCCUCGCUCGCUCACAGGGUGGCCGCCUCAUCCCUACUGCUGCUCCUCAGUAUGCUCCCCACAGGCCAAGCUUCAGGCUGUCCCAGACCUUCAGUUGUACCUCAUGGCAAGGGGAACCUAACGGAAACCAACCGUGGCUCCUUCUCUGUGGGUACACUUCUGCAGUACAGCUGUGAUCCAGGAUACAUGCUGGAUGGCUACAGUAUUAUCACCUGCACCAUCUCAGGCCACUGGUCUCCUGAUCCGCCUCGGUGUGUCAAAAAUGAUGUUUGUCAACCACCAAGUGAGCCAGAGAAUGGAGGAUAUAACUGCCACCCCUCGCCCUGCCACAGACUAACCCAGGGUACAGUGAUCGAGUACUUCUGUGAUGAGGGUUACAUUCUGAAAGGAGGCUACCAAUUCAGAACCUGUGAGAACGGAGAGUGGAAGUCGGCUAUGCAGAUCAGCUGUCACCCUGUACAAGGGGAGGAGCAGCGCUCGACUCUGCCCAUGCCUGCACUGUCUAUUGUGGCCUCCACCGCCAGCUCUGUGGCCCUCAUUUUGCUGCUGGUGGUGCUGUUUGUGUUGCUGCAGCCCAAACUCAAGUCUUUCCAUCACAGCCGCCGUGAGCAGGGUGUGUCAGGACAGUCUACCUCCAUCAUGGUGGAGGGUGUUCAGGUGUCACUGCCCUCUUAUGAAGAGGCCGUGUAUGGUGCUGGUGGCAACUCUGUGCCGCCUCCUGAGUCCCGUGUUCAGAUCGUGCUGUCGGAAGGCCCACAGGCCGAGGGUUCGAGUGAACCUCUGGAACAGACUCGGCCGAAUUACAGUUUUCCCUCCACCACGACUGCUGCAUCCUCGUGUCAUGCAGAGACAGUAUUGGUUCACCAGAUGCCCUCUUCCUCUUCUCCAUCCUCCUCAUCCUCUCCUUCCUGGGCUGCUGAGCAGCCUGGUGCCGCUGCGCCUCUCCACCGCAGGCAGAGCAGCGAGAGCAGCGAUCAGCACAGUCUGCUUUCAGUCACCUCUGCAGAAGACUAUGGAGAUGAUAUUCCAUUGCUAAAGGAGGCCUAAGUCUGUGUGCAGUCAAACCCCCUCUCUCUAUCAUUGCUGGCCAGGACUGUAACCCCUAAAGCUUCUCACCAGCACUAACCCUUCAAAACAGCAGUAAAUAAGAUGUCCAUCAGCUGUCCCUCUGCCAACAAAUUGCUUGCCCCUGGGCCCUGCAAGCUGUGUGACCCCUUGGAGUAUAGUGGCUCUCUUCACAGGAUAUCUUCCCUUGACCAAAUGAACCCUCAAAGGGAUGCGAAAAUGUUUAAUACGCCACACCUUUACUUACAGGUGCACCAUUAAUCACAGGCUUACCUGUCACAGCAAGGAUUCGCUAAUCACAAAUGAAUGCAUUCAGAUUAUGUAACGACCAUUUAGAAGGUUGUGGACCUCUGCUCUGUCAAUAACUGUGAACUCUAGCGAAGGGAUUUGCUAAACCAGGCCCUUUUCUUUUUGAUGGUGCAUGUUUUGUGCAAUUUCUUUUCUUUUUCUUUUUUUACUGUUUCUUUUAAACACGUGUACACAGAAGCACGGCACAAUUGAAGCAUGUUUCACAGCACCGGUGUACACCAUCUCAACGCUUGACCGAAUGGCUUGUCCCUAGCGCGAGACACGGGGUUGAACUGAUUUACAUUGUACUGUAUUCAAAUAUAUGCUUGCCUUUUUGUUUGCCAAGAAGUACCUGUGCAGUGCUCUGUGUGUGUGUGUGUGUGUGUGUGUGUGUGUGUGUGUGUGUGUGUGUGUGUGUGUGUGUGUGUGCGUGCCUGUGCACGUGUGUUUCUGAUGCCUGUGUGACUGUGGCUAUUGUGAAUUUGAAGAGGGCUGAAGUAUCAUCUAGGCUUCUUUUCCUUAAAUAGGAAACAUUUUCAAUACCUCCAUUUUCUAAUUGAGACGUUAUUUAACUAGAAUCGAUGUUCUUAGUCUACAUGUCUGUAUGUCUAAAGUGAACGAGAUAUACUUUGUGAAUAACACUAUGUACUUUGAGAUCAGCAAAGAUGAAAAUAACUGUGAAAUAAUGCCGCAGAAUCUUCUCCUAAAGAGAAAGACUAAAGAAAUAACUUUAUUUCUUGAUUUUAAAAGAGUGAUUGCAUUGUUCAAGCUCGUGUUUCACAAGUAUAUCUCUCUCAUGUUUAUGUGUUGCAUGCACAAAUUAAGAAAACUUUCUCUUUUUUUUUUUUUAUCACCUGCAUGUUCUUUUCCAAAAGGACUUACUGGGUGUGGACUAAGUUCAUUGCUGUGCUGUAACUUGUGAGUUGCAACUUGCUAGUAAUAUUUGGAUUAUUAAAUUUGCCCCUGCCUCCUAUAAUGAAUGCUUUGCAAACCAGUUCUGACAUGGCUAAGAUUUUAAAGACUGAAUCACUAUCAACAAUAGGAGCUAUGUUUAUUAAGUUAAUUAAAAUUAAAGGUGCUGUAAGAGAUUUUUUAAUGGAAAAGUAUACAAAAAUGUUCCUACUCCCUUAAAGAUAUUAAAGAAAUAAGUGUUCUGAGAUAUCUCACCGGUCUCAGUGACAGCUGUAGACAGCAAACAAAAAUGUGUCCGCAGACUGCGGACAUUGAUGUUUUUCACCUGUCAAUCAUUUUGCUUGUUCUCAUUUGAAGCGGAUCAUCGAGGCCAUGAUUCAUAAUGUUUGUCAGUUGAGGGCACUAUUGUGCCACUGUUGAAUUUGACAGCCACAGGAACAAACAAUGCUGCUCUUUUGCUCGGUUUUGGUCUCAAAAUUAUCUUUGGAGGGCAGGGUUUUGGAAUGAGGGGGUGUGGCUAAUUCAGCGGCUCAGUCACGUGAAAGCUUCAGAACGCUAAAAUCUCUUACAGCACCAUUAAGAAAGGUUUAUCAGGUGUUUCAAAGGGAAUUGGUUUGAAACCCUGUAAGAUUUAAAAAUAUGUGGUGCAUUGUUUUAAUGCACUGUACAGUAAAUCACGAAGACUCUAAUUUUUCUUAAACAGUUAAGCGAGUUCUUGUUUUAAAGGAAUGUUCUGGGUCCAAUACAAGUUAAGCUCAAUCGACAGCAUUUGUGGCAUAAAAUUGAUUACCACAAAAAUUGAGGUUACAGUAAGGCACUUACAAUGGAAGUGAAUGGGGCCAAAAGGUUAGUAAGUGAUUUUAUCACACUGAAAUCGUUAACAUGCACAUAUUGUUUAGGUCUUGUGGCUAUACUUUUGAAACAGCGAGUAUUUUAACGUUAAAAAAUUGGACCCCAUUAACUUCCAUUGUAAGUGCCUUGCUGUAAAGCAGAUUUUUUGCUUCUUUUUUUUAAAGAAAGGGAGAGACAAGUCAAAAUUUAUUUUUGUGGUCAUCAACAUUAUGCCACAAAUGCUGUCAAUUGAGCUUAAAUUGUAUUGAACACAGAAUAUUCUUUUAAAUGUCCCAGUGUACAAGUCAGCAUUAGGAAAUGUCCUUUCUCACUCGUAGUGUGUUCUUCUGGCAAGUGGACAUUUGAAAAACAUUUGAGUUUAUUUUCCUUGGUUUGUGUUUUACAUCACUGGACAUUGCCGCACCAUGUGUAUAUCCUUUGUGUUGAUGCAAGCUUCAAAAGUUUGUCAUCAUGCAUCAAAUAAAUAUUUUUGUGUCUGACUUUGGAGAGAGAAAGAGAGAGGGCAGUUUGCCUAUCUGCACAUCCUUGAUUUUAUUUUCCUGGUUUUUGUAAAUUGAUCGACAUUUGUCAUGCAACCUGAAGGCAAAAUAUUACUGCUGCCUUAAAACUUGUACAUUUCAAACAUUUCUCACAUUGUAAUCACUUGUUUCUUCUGUUUUACUGGCUUUAUGGUCAUUUGUCUUCAGUUUCCUUAUGGCCUUACUUUUUUUUUUCUAUGCAUAAACAUUGUUGCAGAUAUAGGGUUUUACUCAGUUGGAGGAUGUGACUUUAAGAUUGUCCACUCUUCCUCAGAAAUGAUUCAGUGAACGUAAAAUAUGAACCUUUCAUAUUUUAUUUCCUUUCUUUUACCAGUUUUCACUCAAAGGAUUUUUUUAUGUUUAAAAAAAGAAAGAACACAAGUAAAGGAUAUCCAGGAUGUGUGUGAAACACUGUUGUACGGUGUUUUUCUGCAAAUGUAAUUUAAGUUGACUCAUCCACACAGUCCCUUACCCCCAUUGCUCUUCUUUUGAUUUCCCUCUGUACAUUGCUGUGGGUGUGAAAAUAGUAUUUUAAUAUUUGUAUAAAGUUUAAUUUAAUUCUACAGUGUGUAUAUAACUAUUUCUAAUUAAAGCUUUCAUUUGAAGUGCACAGCUGGUGUUAUUGUGGUGAGUUUAACAAGUGCAAUCAUGUUAUGGUUUUGAAAUGAAUGCUUUAGUUAUUAACAGGGUUCCCACAGUCAUGGAAAACCUGGAAAUAUCAGGACAUUUUCAGAUUGUGAUUUCCAGGCCUGGAAAAGUAAUGAAAAUUAGGUCAUUCUUCAAGGAAUAUUCCGGGUUCUACACAAGUUAAGCUCAAUCGACAGCAUUUGUGGCAUAAUGUUAAUUACCUUAAAAAUUCAUUUUGACUUGUCCUGCCUUUUCUUUAAAAAAAAAUAAAAAAAAGCAAAAGUCUAGGUUACAGUUAACCUAAUGCAAUGGAAGUGAAUGGCGCCAAUCCGUAAACGUUAAAUUACUCACUGUUUCAAAAGUUUAGCCACAAGACAUAAACAAUACCAGUAUUAACAUGAUUUUAGUGUGAUAAAAUCACUUACUAACCUUUUCUGUAUUAAUGUAGGCUAUAAGAGUAUAAAUUCAUUGCCAUGACUAUGUAAAGCUGUAAACCCUGCAAACCCAGUAAAUGAUGAUUUAAAGAUCUUUACAGCUCAAAUAAUACACAAGUUGUAACAG